AUGGUGGUGAGGAAAGUGGGUAAGUAUGAGGUUGGGAGGACGAUCGGAGAAGGGACCUUCGCCAAGGUGAAGUUUGCGCAGAACACUGAGACGGGUGAGAGUGUCGCCAUGAAAGUGCUGGAUCGCACUACCAUCAUCAAGCACAAGAUGGUCGACCAGAUCAAGAGAGAAAUAUCUAUAAUGAAGCUUGUCAGGCAUCCCUAUGUUGUUCGUCUGCAUGAGGUUCUAGCUAGCCGUACUAAGAUUUAUAUAAUUUUAGAGUUCAUUACUGGUGGUGAAUUGUUCGAUAAGAUUGUUCAUCACGGACGUCUUAGUGAAGGUGAAGCCAGGCGAUACUUCCACCAGCUAAUUGAUGGGGUCGAUUAUUGCCACAGCAAGGGAGUAUAUCACAGAGACUUAAAGCCGGAAAAUCUGUUGCUUGAUUCUCUAGGAAAUUUAAAAAUUUCAGAUUUUGGUCUGAGUGCAUUGCCUGAACAAGGAGUCAGCCUCCUUCGAACGACCUGUGGGACCCCGAACUAUGUAGCACCUGAGGUACUUAGUCACAAGGGGUAUGAUGGUGCCGUGGCAGACGUUUGGUCCUGUGGGGUCAUCCUUUAUGUUCUGAUGGCAGGUUAUCUUCCAUUUGAUGAGCUUGACCUCACCACACUAUAUAGUAAGAUUGAGAAAGCAGAGUUCUCAUGCCCAUCUUGGUUUCCAGUGGGAGCAAAAUCCUUGAUUCAUAGAAUUCUAGAUCCGAACCCUGAAACUCGUAUUACAAUUGAGCAGAUCAGAGAUCAUGAGUGGUUUCAGAAAAAUUAUGUGCCUGUCAGAUCGUUUGAAUAUGAAGAUGUAAAUCUGGAUGAUGUAAAUGCUGUUUUUGAUGAUGCCGACUCUGAGGAACAAAGGGUUAGUGAGCACCGUGGCAAUGAAGACAUGGGUCCUUUAGUUCUUAAUGCAUUUGACUUAAUAAUUCUAUCUCAAGGCUUAAACCUAGCAACAAUGUUUGACCGUGGCAAGGAUUCGAUGAAGUAUCAGACACGCUUUGUUUCACAAAAGCCAGCAAAGGUUGUAUUAUCCAGUAUGGAGGUUGUUGCUCAAUCAAUGGGUUUCAAGACACACAUUCGCAACUAUAAGAUGAGAGUGGAGGGUCUUUCAGCAAAUAAGACUUCUCAUUUCUCCAUCAUUCUUGAAAUUUUUGAAGUUGCACCGACCUAUUACAUGGUAGACAUUCAGAAAGCUGCUGGAGAUGCUAGUGAAUUCCUCAAGUUUUACAAGAACUUCUGUAGCAAUCUUGAGGAUAUCAUCUGGAAACCACCUACUGAGUCUAGCAAAUCAAGGGUCAGCAAGAGUAAAAUUAUGGCUGGAAAUGUGGAUGUCAUCAAGGAUACAGUGGGACAAGAAUUCUUGCCAGGAAAGAGACGAAACGGUGACGUUCGAGUUUCAUGGAAUUUAGGACAAGAACAUUUUCGGUAA